AUGGAGCCCGGGCUGGGGGUCGGGCUGGGGGUCGGGCUGGGGGUCGGUCAGGGGAGGGCUGGGGCGGCCCCGGGACUCAAGGCAGCUUUCAGCUCUGCUCACAUCCCUACCGAGCAACUUGAACUGGCUGCAUCUUAUGUCUCUGAUGCUCAAUAUAACCGAAACAUUCACUUUGAAACCUCAUCACAAGCAAUUAGAUUGCACAAAAUCUACAAUCAUUGGGCUGCUCAGAGAGUGAUCUAUUUAUUUGUGCUAGUGGACCUGUUGCUCGCCUUGUUUGAGGAGCCUGCAGUUUAUUUGUUGCCUAUUUGGGUAACUUUGUCAAUGGAGUUGGUUUGUCUUCUGACAUUUGUUGGACGACUGGCACACUUCUCAAAAAUAAUUCCUACAAAGGUGUUUUGGAGAGAUGCAAAAAAUAUCUGUCUCAUCAUCACCAUUAUGCUGACGCUCAUCGAUAUGACUGUGUACUGGGCUGUGGUCAUUACUGGACAUGAUACGGUGAGGUGGUCAAGAGUUCUGAGGCCACUUUUCUGUGUGAACUUCACUGAGAGUCGCCAGUUGCGAAGAGCUUUCAGGAAUAUUCGCCACACUCUCCCAGAGAUCCUAAGUGUGUUUGUGCUGUUCAUGUUCAGUGUUGCAGUGUUUUCACUCAUGGCUUUGAAACUAUUUGAGAAAAGGAAUUUAACUACAGAUAAAGGAGCUCCUUACUUCACCAACUAUUUGGAUAUAUUCUUUGAACUCUAUGUGCUCGUGACAACAGCAAAUAGUCCUGAUGUGAUGAUGCCAGCAUACAACGUCAGCUGGGGAUAUUCCAUUUUCUUUAUUGUUUAUAUAAUCAUAAACACCUACACCUUCAUGUCUGUCUUCCUGGCUGUUGUGUACAAUAAUUACAAGAAACAUUUAAAGAAUGAAGUAAGAAAAUUGGUUUUCAUGAAGCAUAGGAAGAUGGUUGAAGCAUUUAACCUCCUGAAGGUGCAGCAUGGAAGCGAGUUCAUAAUUCUGGAAGCAGAUUGGAGCCAGCUGGUGAGAAUAGUGGCCCCAGAGAUCCCCAGUGCCCAUCGAGCACUACUGUGGAGAGUUUGCGAUGAAGACCAGAAGGGCUAUGUUGGACAAGAAGCUUUCAUCCAGUUAGCGGAUCUUCUAAAUAUUCAAGUUGUUCAAAUGAAGGAAAGAAUUCAUCCACUUGAGGUGCGCAUGCCAAGUAUAUACACUUCGGCAGUCAGCCAGUUCAUACGCAGAAUGGUCAAGCACAGGGGGUUUCGGUACAUGUAUGAUUUUAUCAUUGUCGUGAAUACUAUCUUCAUUUGUGGUGAUGAGGCCAACCCUUACAUAUCUGAGGCAGAGUGGGUCUUUUUGACACUCUACUUGAUUGAAAUCAUGCUCAAACUAUACACAUACGAACCCAGAGUAUAUUUUGCGAAGAAUCAGUUUUGGAAUUGGUAUGAUACUAUAAUAGUACUUGCAGCUUUGUUGGGCACUGUAAUCAAUACUGCGCUCAAAUCAGCGAAUGGAUAUUCCAAUCAGCAGAUCUUGGAUAUUGUGUUUAUCUUGAGAAUCCUUCGAACAGUCAGGAUUAUUGACAGCUUCUACAGGUUCCGAAUUCUUCUCAAUACACUGUUGAAUCUUCUCCCUACAAUGCUAACAUAUGCGAUGCUUACUGUGAUUGUGUACUAUACAUUUGCAAUAAUUGGAAUGGAGGCAUUCAAAGGUAGAAUUCGAUUUUAUGGAUCCAAUUCCAGUGACCCUGCAGCUAAUUAUUGUGGAAAUCCAGCACUGAAAGGCACUCAGUUUGCUGCUGAUGGAUACUGCAAGAACAACUUCAACAAUAUUAUUCACUCAUUCAUUUUGCUGGUUGAAUUGACCGUUGUGAAUCAAUGGCAUAUUAUUGCAACUGGAUUUGUGGCGGUAACUCACUUAAUUACAAGGAUCUACUUUGUUAUAUUUCACGUUGUGGUCGUCAUUAUAUUUAUCAAUAUCUUCAUAGCAUUUGUCUUGGAAGCUUUCUUUGUGGAGCACUCACUGGCCAGGAGUGCAGUAGAAACUGCGCUUGAGAAGAAAAUUCAGGAGUUGGGGAUGGGGUUUUGCGAAGAUCAACCGGAUGGACAGUUAGUUGAUGUUACAGAGAUGAAUGAAAAUUAUUCUAGUAUCGAUGACACAAAGCUAGAAACCAGACUGAAGUUCAAAAUAGCUUCGAUCAGGUACAAGACUGUUGAUACUUUGUUACAGCAUAUGUUUGAGGCGGAGCUGAAACCAAAGGAUCAGCUGCCAACGCUGGAAGAGAUUGAGGAGUUUUCACCAGAUGACAUGGUGCCACAGCGGCCUACUUUUUAUAGUGUUGCAUAGCUUUUUCUUACUGUAAUUAUAGAAGCAUUCCAUAUUAAUGUAUCAAUUUAGCUAGUUUCUAUACAGGAGAAAUGGGCUGCCUUUUCACCUAUCUGGCAUUUUAUUUGUACAGUACUAUUUCUUGAAAGCUAAUGGAUUGUACUGAGAAAUUGCACUUCAAAGGGAUUAUCUUACUUUUUUGACGAUUGUAUAUUUUCUAUUGUAAAAAGAAAUUCAUAUACUUCAAUAAAUGUGGAGUCCUG